UUUCUUCGCUCGCGACCGCUGGCAGAGCCGGGGCCGGGCCGGAGCGGUGUCCCCGCUGCACUGUCCCCGCGCGCAGACCCCGGGCCCGGCCCCGGCCCCUUCACCAUGCUGUGCAGCCGCUGGAGGAGCUGCCGCCGGCCGCCCGAGGAGUCCCCGGUGCCUGCUCGGCUCGCGGCGCCCGUCGCGCUGCCGCCCCAGCCCUCGACUUCGGACGGCAGCACCAGGAGGCCAGGGCUGAGGGCCCUGAAGAAGAUGGGCCUGACAGAGGACGAGGAUGUACGUGCCAUGCUGCAGGGCUCCAGGCUGCGCAAGAUCCGCUCGCGGACGUGGCAUAAGGAACGGAUGUACCGGCUGCAGGAGGACGGGCUGAGCGUGUGGUUCCAGAGACGCAUCCCGCACGCUCCAUCAAAGCACAUCUUCUUCCUGCAGCACAUCGAGGCUGUCCGUGAGGGCCACCAGUCCGAAGGCCUGCGGCGCUACGGUGGCGCCUUUGCGCCCUCUCACUGCCUCACCAUCGCCUUCAAGGGCCGCCGCAAGAACCUGGACCUGGCUGCGCCCACAGCCGAGGAGGCACAGCGCUGGGUGCGUGGCCUGGCCAAACUGCGUGCGCGCCUCGAUGCCAUGAGCCAGCAUGAGCGCCUCGACCAUUGGAUCCACUUCUACCUGCACCGGGCUGACUCCAAUCAGGACAGUAAGAUGAGCUUCAAGGAGAUCAAGAGCCUGCUCAGAAUGGUCAAUGUGGACAUGAAUGACAUGUACGCCUAUCGUCUCUUCAAGGAGUGUGACCACUCCAACAACGAGCGGCUUGAGGGGGCUGAGAUCGAGGAGUUUCUGCGGCGGCUGCUGAAGCGCCCCGAGCUGGAGAAGAUCUUCCAUCGGUACUCGGGCGAGGACCGCGUGCUGAGCGCCCCUGAGCUGCUGGAGUUCCUGGAGGACCAGGGCGAGGCCCAGGCCACGCUGAGCCAUGCCCAGCACCUCAUCCAGACCUAUGAACUCAACGAGACAGCCAAGCAGCAUGAGCUGAUGACGCUGGAUGGCUUCAUGAUGUAUCUGCUGUCGCCUGAGGGGGCUGCCCUGGACCCAGCCCACGUGUCUGUGUUCCAGGACAUGGGCCAGCCUCUCGCCCACUACUUCAUCUCCUCCUCCCACAACACCUACCUGACCGACUCUCAGAUUGGGGGGCCCAGCAGCACUGAGGCCUACGUUAGGGCCUUUGCCCAGGGAUGCCGCUGUGUGGAGCUGGACUGUUGGGAGGGCCCAGGUGGCGAGCCUGUCAUCUACCACGGCCACACAUUCACCUCCAAGAUCCUCUUCCGAGAUGUGAUCCAAGCCGUGCGUGACCAUGCUUUCACGCUGUCCCCAUACCCUGUUAUCCUGUCCAUUGAGAAUCACUGUGGCCUGGAGCAGCAGGCUGCCAUGGCCCACCACCUUCGCUCCAUCCUGGGGGACAUGCUGGUGACACAGAUGCUGGAUUCCCAGAACCCUGAGGCGCUGCCGUCUCCAGAGCAACUGAAGGGCCGAGUCCUGGUGAAGGGGAAGAAGCUGCCGGCUGCUCGGAGCGAGGACAGCCGGGUAUUAUCAGACAGGGAGGAUGACGAUGAGGAUGAGGGAGAGGAAGAAGAGGAGACAGAGGCUGCAGAGCAGAGGCGGAGGGCCAAGCAGAUCUCCCCGGAGCUGUCGGCCCUGGCCGUGUACUGCUGUGCCACCCGCCUGCGGACCCUGCGCCCGACCCCUGGGCAGGCCCAGCCCUGCCAGGUCAGCUCCCUCAGUGAGCGCAAGGCUAAGAAGUUCAUCCGAGAGGCCGGGAACCGUUUUGUCAGGCACAAUGCUCGUCAGCUGACCCGCAUCUACCCGCUGGGACUGCGGAUGACUUCAGCCAACUACAGCCCUCAGGAGAUGUGGAACUCCGGCUGCCAGCUGGUGGCCCUGAACUUCCAGACACCAGGCUAUGAGAUGGACCUCAAUGCUGGACGCUUCCUCAUCAACGGGCAGUGCGGUUAUGUCCUGAAGCCCACUUGUCUGCGGCAACCCAACACAACCUUUGACCCUGAGUGCCCUGGGCCCCCCAGAGCCACGCUCAUCAUCCAGGUGCUGACUGCACAACAGCUCCCUAAGCUGAACGCAGAGAAGCCCAACUCCAUCGUGGACCCCCUGGUGCGCGUGGAGAUCCAUGGGGUGCCGGCCGACUGUGCACGCCAGGAGACUGACUAUGUGCUCAACAAUGGCUUCAAUCCGCGCUGGGAGCAGACACUGCAGUUUCAGCUGCGGGCUCCGGAGCUGGUGCUGGUCCGGUUCGUGGUUGAGGAUUAUGACACAACCUCCCCCAAUGACUUUGUGGGCCAGUUCACACUGCCGCUCAACAGCCUGAAGCAAGGGUACCGCCACAUCCACCUGCUUUCCAAGGACGGGGCCUCACUCUCACCAGCCACUCUCUUCGUCCACAUCCAGAUCCAGAGCUCCUGA